GCUGUGUGACCUUCCCCCACAAUGCAUCUGGACCAUAACAGUUCCCAGCGCCUAAACUUGACUGACGUGACACAGGCAUGCAUUAAAGCUGGGGAAGAGCUUGUUCUUUGUUAUUUUUUUAUUAUAAAUAUAUUUCUUCAAAGAUGACCACUUUAAUUUCAUGUGGUGCUGGAUUUUUUGCGAAAGCUUUGGGGCUCCAAAGUAGUCGAUUUCUUGCAAGGUGUACCUGUGUGUGCCCAACAGUGAGAGGGGUUUCUUUCAGCACAAGCUCAGGGGGACCUCCAAAAAGGCCACUGACUGGUUAUCUUCGAUAUGCAGUUCACCAGUGGCCUACAGUGGCAAAACAGUAUCCAGAUGUGAGGAUUGUGGAAAUAACUAAAAAGAUUGCACAAGAGUGGAGAUUGCUGUCACCUGAACAAAAAAAGCCAUAUCAGGAGGCUGCACUUGCAGCAAGGGAGGUAUAUAAAGAAGAAAUGACAAAAUUCAAAGAACAGCUAACGCUUGCCCAGGCAGCAGCAUUGAAAGACGAGAAGCGGCAGAAACUAGUCAGGAGAAGAGCAAUAAGGAAGAAGCGGGAGCUUACAAUGUUAGGCAAGCCCAAACGACCAAGAUCUGCAUUUAACAUCUUCAUGUCUGAACACUUUCAAGAAGCUACAGGAGAAUCAAUGCAGGCCAAGAUGAAGAACUUGCUCGAAGACUGGAGCAAACUGCAUACUGCACAAAAAGAGGUCUACAUGCAACUUGCAGAAGACGAUAAAAUCCGGUAUAAAAAUGAAAUUAAGUCGUGGGAAGAACACAUGGUUGAGGUGGGGCGUGAAGACCUCAUUCGCAACAGGAAGAAGACGAAACCCAAGAAGUCGGUAAAAGCAAAAGGAAAUAAAACCAAGAUCAAAGUGGUUUCAGAAAGCAAAGGCACUGAAACGCCUGCAAGCACACCUGGUACUAGAGAGUCAACCAGCAGGGCUAACAAGACUGAGGAGUAACAGUGAAGA